AGGUCUUUUGGGGACUACUUUCAGCAGAGGAGGGACACAGGCGGUGGGAGGUGCGAGGUUUAAUCGAAAGUAAACUGAAUGAGGAAAUAAAAUACCUCACACACGGACGAGACAAGAAGUCCUGAGCUGCAGCCGCGUAGAAAAUAUAUAUUUAAAAUCCAUUCUGUGGGUUUAUUUAUUUUACAUCUUAUUGUUUUAAGAGCGGUAAAGUUUCAUCAUGUCAAAGGCAGCAACCCUGAAAAUUAGCAGAGACUACGCAGUCAAGGUGGAAAACUUCCGCCAGUCCAUCUAUCAUGAGGCUGAAAAUCUGUUUUCCAGUUUUAUACCUGUGAAGAUAAUUAAGCUGGAUGCUCUCCUCAGGGAUGAUGCUCUCAGCAUCACAGACAUGUCCUCACUCCAGGCUCCUCUGGAUAUCCCCGUCCCAGAUCCUCCUGCUCCAGAAGACGAGGAAAUGGAAACAGACAAGAACGAGGAGGAAGAGAAGAAGAAGAAGAAAGCUCCAAAAUGUGGCUUCAUCAAAGGAAACGAGAAAAUCAUGUUGCUUCUGGACAGAGUGAAGCCGGAGAUCAUGGAUCUCAGAGAAACCAUCCUGGCGGUUUCCUGCUGGAUCCAGCACCUCAUUCCAAAAAUAGAGGAUGGAAAUGACUUUGGCGUCGCCAUCCAGGAAAAGAUCUUGGAGAGAAUCGCUGCAGUUAAGACCAAAGUUGAUGGUUUUCAGACCAACAUCAACAAGUACUUUUCAGAGAGGGGGGACGCCGUCGCUAAAGCCUCCAAAGAUACUCAUGUGAUGGACUACCGCUCACUUGUUCAUGAGAAGGACGAAGCAAUCUUCUCCGAGAUCAGAGUGAUCGUCCUGGACAUCCGUGGAUUUUAUGCUGAGCUCUAUGACAUCAUCACCAAGAACCUGGAGAAGGUGACCAAUCCGAAGGGAGAGGAGAAGUCGUCGAUGUACUGAUUGUCAACAAAUCAAUCCAUGCUGUGCGACUGAAUCCAGUCUGACCGGAGUUUCCUAAUUUUCCCUCUACAGUCCUAAAAUAAUUACCUGGAUGUUGGUUUCAUUACUUCAUUACUUUGCUGCAACACUUCAUUUCUGAUCCAACAUUUGCACUAAAUUGAACUUGUCAAUAAAUAAAGAACUUUUUUUUUAUUCCAA